GCAGCAAUAUUUUUUUUGUCACAUAAAAUGGCGUCGUUGUCGAGCCUAUUACCGGCUCCCGUGCAGCCAGUAUGGGACCGAGAUGACGAAUUAAAGGCAAAGCGUGUUGGUAGUGCCCUUGUUGUUUCGCAGACCAGUGUUCCACCUUACGGUCAAAGAAGAGGAUGGGUCCCACGCACGGAAGAAGAUUUUGGAGAUGGUGGUGCGUUUCCCGAGAUACACGUAGCUCAAUAUCCAUUGGGUAUGGGAGCCCGUGGCAAGGAGAGCACAUCAAAUGCUUUAGCUGUCCAAUUAGAUGAGUCAGGAAGGGUGAAAUACUCGGCUAUAGCUCGUCAAGGCCAUGGAGCAGAUAAGAUAAUCUACUCAAAGCUAACAGAUCUUCUGCCAUCGGAGGUGCUGUCAGAAGACGAUCCAAGUCUCCAGAAACCUUCAGAGGAGGAUAUACAGGAAAUAACAGAGAAAACAAAAUUAGCUCUUGAGAAACUGACCAAUGCAAAGAUAUCAGCCGCUAUGCCGGUUAAAGCUGCUCCCAAGGCUGCUCCCGCCCAAUACAUCAGAUACACUCCCGCCCAACAGGGUGGACAGUUUAAUUCGGGCGCCAAACAGAGAGUUAUCAGAAUGGUUGAAGCCCAAUCAGAUCCUUUGGAGCCGCCCCGCUUUCAAAUAAACCGCAAGAUACCCCGCGCGGCGCCUUCGCCCCCGGCCCCCGUGCUCCACUCGCCACCACGGAGAGUCUCCGUCAAACAACAGAGAGAUUGGAAAGUCCCACCCUGUGUGUCACACUGGAAGAACGCCAAGGGUUACACAAUACCGUUAGACAAACGUCUAGCGGCCGACGGCCGUGGUCUCCAACAGGUUCACAUCAACGAGAACUUCUCCAAGUUGGCGGAGGCUUUGUACAUAGCUGAUAGGAAAGCGAGAGAGGCUGUGGAGGCGAGAGCACAGCUGGAAAGGAGAUUGGCUCAGAGAGAGAAGGAGAAGAAGGAAGAACAUUUGAGGAUGCUGGCGCAGAGAGCAAGAGAUCAUAGAGCAGGUAUAAGGAAUCCGGAAGAUGAAGCAGAAGAGGGCUUAGACGUUGCCCCAGAGGGAGAGCUCUCUGUGGCGGAGAGAGAUAAGUUGAGAGCAGAGAGACACAGAGAUAGGCAGAGAGAUAGGAAUCUGGCUCGAGCUGCACCGGACAAGAGGUCCAAACUGGUGAAGGAGAGGGAACGCGACAUAUCCGAGCAAAUAGCUUUGGGACUCCCGGCCAAGAACAACACGGGGGAUGCCAUGUUCGAUCAGAGAUUGUUCAACAACAGCAAAGGAAUGGACAGCGGUUACGGUGAUGACGAGGCCUAUACGGUGUACGAUAAGCCGUGGAGAAAUCAGGACGGCAUUGGAUCACAUAUAUACAGACCCUCGAGGAACGCUGAUAAGGAUAACUAUGGAGAUGUUGAUAGUCUAGCGGCUAACAAACGUUUCGUUGCUGACAAGACAUUUGCUGGGAGUAGCGGUGGAGCACCUCGUUCAGGACCCGUCAACUUUGAGAAGGAUACCAGAGAGGAACCGAGUCGAGGCCAGCCCGAAGCUGAUCCUGAUCCGUUUGGUUUGGAUCGGUUCUUGAGUGAAGCCAAACGAGCUGAUAAGGCGAGGAAGAGAGAUCACCACGAGCCGCAUGCCAAGAGGAGGAGGGAUUAGAUUAGGGUACGGGGAAUGUUUAGGUCUGCCGCGUGCCUUAUACAUACAAAAUAAAUCGUAUUUCCCCAACCGCACCUUUCCAUCAACAGCAUAAUGUACAUUGUCCGAUAAUUUGUCAAAGUUUAAAUAAAAAAAUUGUAAAUAUUA